AUGACUGAAAGUAUUGAUAUACAUCCAAUAGUUUUCCCACCCGAAGUUUUAGCUCGAAUUUCGCCUGACAUCUCCUUACAAAGACAUUUGUCUUUGGAAACUCGACCAUGUUCAAGAGGAUUCGAAGAAUUCAGAGAUGUUGCCAUUAACGAUGGUAAUAUAUCUAGGUACAGUACGAACUGUCAAAAUGCAACUACAAAUAACAUUAUUGGUUCCAGUCUUCUACGCUCUGGCAAGACCUUUGUGAUAACUUCGAUAACGGGUGGCAUCAUUGAAGAGACAUUACCGGCGAACAAUACUGAAGAUGUUGGAGAAGAAGAAUUGAUGAAGCUUUCAGAAGAUACUGAUAGGCUCUGCGAAAAUUCAACUAUUUAUCCCGUAGUAGAGGUACAACGUGGACGUGUUGGUGGUCCUACCGAUGAAGAGAUGAUCACUUCAGAAAAGCUAUACAAGACACUCUUACAUUCUGGAAUUCUUAAGAAAACAGCUUUGGCUGUAUCGUGCGGUAUUCGCAGGACUGAAGAAGAUGGAAGUGUCACCACAAUAUACAGUGACGAGCUACUCGAUGAGGAGAAAAAAAUUAAUGAAGCAAACAAUAGGAAAUGGUCCUAUGUGCUUUAUGCCAAAAUACAAGUUUUCAGCCGUAACGGUCCAAUUUAUGAUCUCUGUUGGAAUUCUUUGAUUAGUGCGCUAAAAACAGUGCAACUACCUAGAGCUUUCCUAGACGAACGUGCUGCUGAUUUGAAAAUUGCUAUAAGAACCCGAGGUCGUAGUAUGACAAUUCGUGAAACAUACGACAUCUUAUGCGACCCACACAAAUCUUUACCUUUAAAAUUGAACGAAGGAGAAUUAUGCUAUGGUUCAAACUACGGAAUCAUUGACAUCGAACCUUUAGCACAAUUGGCCAAAAAUGAUGACGAAAUGGACGUGGAUAAACCAACUUCAGUAUUAUUAGCGGAUAUAGAAACAGAGGCCGAGGAAUCAUCAAUUCUAUCUACAUUGUCCUUGACAACGAACAAAAAUGGUCAAUUCAAGGCUGCAACAAUCAUCGGAGGUGACUCUAAGAUCACACCUGAAAUGAUAAAAAGGUGCAUAUUUUUAUCUAAACAAAGAUCAAAAGAUAUUGAAUCCAAAGUUUAG